GUGGUUGGAAACGAAUCUUAUCUGCUCCUUCCAUCCAAUCUCCAGGCUCUGGUUCCCCAUCGCUCUGGCUUUUUCUUCCACAUGACGCUUUACCUCAGGACGACGCCCCCUGCCUUCCCAUCCCUGUCUGUUAUUUACCACACACGUCCCACAUCUGCCUGAGACUCUCCUGCCCCUCCUGCUUCCCUCCUACUGUGCGGGACAUUGCAGCCAGCGAGGAGACUUAUCUGGCGAGGAGAACGAAGGGGAGCCAUGGCAGUCCUCCUCCUGAGCACCGUCUACCUGUGGGCUCUGGUCAGCGGGAAUAACGUUCAAUGGACAGCGGAGAAAAAUUCACAUCGUCCCCUGGUGUUGCGCACAGCUGAUGUACGGCGUGUUCUGCCCCAAACAGACAUUUCUCAAAUGUGGAAAACUGAUUUAAAGCCUAUGCUAAUUGAAAGGUUUUCUGGAUCUCCAGGAAAUGUUGCUGUGCGGCAGCACAUUAAACAGCGAAUGCAGAGACUUCAAGCUGGGUGGCUUACAGAAGAAGAUACAUUUCAAAGUCAAACUCCUUUUGGAUAUGUGACAUUCUCAAAUGUUAUUGCCACUCUAAAUCCAUCUGCUCAGCGUUACUUGGUCCUUGCCUGCCAUUAUGAUUCCAAAUACUUCAGUCCUCAGUGGGAUGGUAAAAUAUUUAUCGGGGCAACAGAUUCAGCUGUACCAUGUGCAAUGCUGUUAGAACUUGGCCGAGCUCUGGACUAUCGUCUUCAGCAAUUAAAGAUUUUUUUUAUACAGGCAAGAAGCUCAGGAUCAAAACCAAAUCUUUCCCUUAAAUUAAUUUUCUUUGAUGGGGAAGAAGCGUUUUACCAGUGGACAUCAUAUGAUUCACUUUAUGGUUCUCAGCAUUUGGCUCAGAAGAUGGAAAAUACUCCACACCCACCCAAUGCUAACAACACAAAUCAGCUUCAUGGCAUUGAUUUAUUUAUUUUACUUGAUAUGAUUGGAUCUGCAAACCCUACUUUUCCAAACUACUUUCAAAAUACAGUUCGUUGGUUUAACCGGCUUCAAUCUAUUGAAAGAAGACUACAUAAUCUUGCACUACUAAAGAAUCAUCCCUCAGAAAUAUUAUAUUUUUUAAGCAGUUUGCAAGCAAGACAAGUUGAUGAUGAUCAUUUACCAUUUUUACAAAGAGGUGUUCCAGUUCUGCAUCUUAUUCCUUCACCCUUUCCAGAUGUCUGGCACACUUUUGAAGAUAAUGAAGAAAAUCUAGAUUUUUCAGCUAUUGACAACAUCAAUAAAAUUCUGCAAGUUUUUGUACUGGAGUACCUUAAUAUAUGAUCAUAUUCUAUAAAUUUGCUGGUAAAUUCAUGACAUAGUAUUUUGACAAUGUAGUAAUUUGUGCAAGAUUCCCUUUUAUAGGUGUAUUAAAAAAUGGCAAACAAAUAGUGGCAUGUUUUAAGAGGUUAUCCAGGGUUGUUGUUGUUGUGUUGUUUAUUUUAUUUUUAUUUUUUUCUUAAAUAAACAUAUUCUGUCUGC